UGUCAUUGCUUGGUGUUUUGUGUUUAUUUUCCGAUUUUCUUUUGAAAUACUCAAGAUUUAAUAAUAUAAAUCUAACGUACUUUCUAAAGUAGGCUACGUAUGAAAUAUGUAUAAAGAUGGAUGCCAUGUUUGAUAUUUGUUACCUGUCCUCUGAGGGUAACAGCGUUGAACCUGAUGAUAUUCCUCAAACAAAGGAUAGUGUCUGGAUCCUCGGCAAGAAAUACAGUGCUAUUCAAGAUUUGGACCGCAUCAGACGCGAUAUUAGUUCCAUUAUCUGGUGUACGUAUCGCAAGGGAUUCGUUCCUAUUGGCGACGAAGGGCUGACGUCAGAUAAAGGCUGGGGUUGCAUGCUGAGAUGUGGCCAAAUGGUACUUGGUGUUGCACUGCUCAGAGUGCAUUUGUCUGCUGACUGGGUAUGGACACCAGAAACAAGGGAUCCUACCUACUUGAAGAUAGUCCAGCGUUUCGAAGAGAGGAAGCAAGCACCAUACUCAAUACAUCAAGUAGCUCUCAUGGGAGCCUCUGAAGGCAAGGACGUGGGACAAUGGUUUGGUCCCAAUACUAUUGCACAAGUUCUAAAAAAAUUGGUUGUCUUUGACAAGUGGAGUUCUUUAGUGAUCCAUGUAGCUUUGGACAAUACUGUUGUUAAAGAGGAUAUCUUAAAACAGUGUGUUGUCAACAAUGACAGAGGAGACUGUUCCUCGACUUCAGGGCCAGAUGCGAUUGUGUCGGACUGGAUGCCCCUGCUUUUGAUAGUGCCUCUACGACUGGGACUUAGUGAAAUAAACCCUGUAUAUAUUAAUGGACUGAAGAUAUGCUUCCAAAGCCCCCAAUCCAUAGGUGUGAUUGGUGGCAAACCCAACCAGGCCUUAUAUUUGAUAGGUUGUGUAGGAGAUGAAGUUAUUUACUUGGAUCCCCACACUACACAGAGAUCUGGAUUGAUUGAAGGUAAACAAACUGAUGAACAAAAAGAAAUGGAUUGUACAUAUCACUGUAAAUAUGCUUCCCGUAUACCAAUGCUAGCAAUGGAUCCUUCGGUUGCUGUGUGCUUCCUUUGUCGUACCAAACGUGACUUUGAAGAAUUAUGUAACACUAUACAAAGAAGUCUGAUGACUGAGAGCCAACCAUUAUUUGAAAUUUGUGAGAAGAGGCCAGCUCACUGGGGUCCGAGCACCAAUGACAUUGAUCUGCAAAAUACGAACCUUUUCACUGAAUUUGAAGAGGUGGAUCGACAGUUUGAUGAUUCGGAUGCCGAGUUCGAAAUUCUCUGAGUCGCGGCGCCAACUUUGUUUAUUAAAUACAUCACACAAAAGGAAUUUAGUUGUUUUCAAUAUAUUAUAGAUAGAAUUAUAUGUAAUGAAUUAGUCUUAUGAUACUCGUACAUUUGAUAUAUUGCCAGUCUUGGGAAUAACGAAUCUAAGCUUAAAAAUAACAUCCAAGUGCAACAGUGCCUAUAAUAAUAAUUACACCUUGCAAAAAUGUCAAAUAGACUGGGAUAGCAUAAUAUUAAGCAGUUAUUAUUUUGCAGUGCCUUUAAUAAGCUAUUUGUUUAUUAAAUUAGUAAUAAGUUAUUAUUUCCUGAAAAUCUUACAGGCAACUGAAGGCCAUUUUAUAAUAUUAGUAGCAUCCGAAUUAUAUGUUUAUUAUGUGGCAGCAUAUUAUUUGGUUUAAAAUGCAAUAUGUUGGUAGAUCAUUACUUUGAAACUGUUUAUGUAGUUAACCCUGACUAAAAUGUUUUAAUAAAAUUCCAAGGAAUUAAUAAAACUUCAGUUCAUAAUUAUUUUUCUAGUCAUUCUAGAUAAGCACAAAGUUCUUGUAAAAAUGAUUUACCUGUAUCUGAACCAGUCCAUUCCGAUGUACAGCAUAUUAUUUUGUUUCGUUUUUAGGGCGUAGAUAUUGGAAAAUACUUCAAAAUAUCUGUAAUAUAAGAUUUUACAUAACUGGAAGAGACAAAGACUAGUUAAUAAAUUGGCUUUUCUAUUUUCAUCGCGAAUAAAUGUUUUUUAGUUUUACUUA